CCUCGUUGUCAGGUGACAAAGCAGGGAUUUGAUGGGACAGGAUACGCUAUCUACGAACCCCUAAAACAGUGUGAGAACUCCCUCACCAGCAUCGAAUUUAUCACCACGAAAGCCAACGGUCUGAUCCUUUAUAGUGGACCCGUCACAGACCUAGACUCCAAUGCCCCUCAGGACUUCAUGUACCUCCAGUUAACAGGGGGUUACCCAGAGCUUGUCCUGGACCAUGGGUCAGGAAAUGUGACCUUGACCUUGAAUGGAAGGGACUCUCAAGGUCAGGUGAAAAUGAAUCCUCUGAAUGACGGGACCUGGCAUAAGAUUGAUAUCACAAGGCAGGGCAAGUUUGUGACGAUGACAGUAGACCACUGUCUGUCAGCUGACAGUUCUGAGGGCCAAGAUCAGGACAGAGCGCCGUGUGAGAGCAGUGGAUUAACUCGAGGUGAAAACAUCUUCUUGAAUGUAAACGCACCUCUACAGAUGGGAGGGCGUUAUGUUGACACCAAAUAUCCCAACGGCAUCAGUAACGAGAAGUUUAAAGGCUGCGUACGAAACAUGAGACAUAAUGGAGAGUUGUAUAACUUAUACACUAAGAACUUUUACCCUGGAAGUCGUGACGGCUGUCCUGAUGAGGAUAAUGCCUGCAAAGGUUCUGUCGAUCAAACGAAGAAAUGCGGGGAGAACGGGAAGUGUGAACUGGUGGCCCUCCCACAAACCACGCGGUGUAUCUGUAACCCUGGAUACCGUGGCACCAGCUGUGAGACAGAGACUACAGAGAAGUUUUUCCUGACCAAGAGUUACAUGGACUGGGCUCUACAGCAGCAGUUCCACGCCAGUCUGAAUACGAGGAAAAUGGACGUCCAGCUCAUGUACCGGACACGACAGAAACACGGCAUGAUUUUCCAUGUCACUGGCGAGGGUAUCGGAGAGUUCAUCAAACUUGAGAUUGUAGAUAAUGUCAUACAAGUUCUAUACAAUUUGGGAGAUGGAAACAAAGUCCUUCAGAUGGUUAAUGUCACGGCAGCAGAUGGAUAUUGGCACACCCUGUACUUCCAGCGUCGAGGACGAAGCAUUGUUUUAUCACAGGACGGGGGCGAAGGUCCGAUGUUUGUUGAGACCAGUGUGGACUCUAAAUACCAGGAACUGACCGUUAAACAGAAUCAGAUAUACGCUGGAGCAGAGGUCAGCUACGAACACUCCAAGACUAUUGACCAGACCAAUGCUAAAGACCUAGAAAACUCCUGUCUGAAUGACAUCCGUAUGGACAUGAAGUGGUUCCCGAUGACUGCCUCAGAGAAUAACCAGAAUAACGACAUCAAGAUGGUGGCAGAGGCACAAACAACGAACAACUGUACUCGUGAUGACUGCGCGGGAAAUAUAUGUGGAAUGAACGGAAAAAUCUGUAUCCCUCUCUGGGGCAUGCAUAAGUGUGUGUGCCCCCCUCACCACCAGGAGAUCAGCGGCAACUGUGUAUUUAUAGACUACUGUCAGAAUUCUCCCUGCCACCACCUGGCCACCUGUGUGUCAGAUAAAGAUAACACAGAGUUUGGUUAUUACUGUAACUGUGCUCCCAAAAUGAGUGGUCGUCUGUGUAACGUGUACAAAGAGCCAAUCGUGGUGACGGAAGCUUCUAGCUCGGUUUGGAUCAUUGUCCUGGCUGUUAUUUUGAUCCUGCUGCUUAUUGUUGUGGCGAUUAUUCUGGCCUACUACAUCAGACGCCGCAAGGCACAAGAUCAGGAGAACAUCAUGAACUACGAAAAAGACGACUACGACAUCCGCGAGAACAUCGUAGAUUACGACGAGGAUGGGGCGGGUGAAGAUGAUCACGAGGGAUACGAUAUAAAUAGACUGAGGAAACCCGCGGACAUGACAAGGAUGGAUAAACCAAUCAUGGCCACCCACAGCAGGCCUCUUAAAUCUGGACCACCAGGAGGUACAGUAGGGGACUUUAUCACGGAUCGCCUUGACGAUACAAACAAUGACCCUGAUGCCCCGCCCCACGACACGCUUCAUGACUUUGAGUACGAGGGGGAGGGAAGUGAUGCCGGCUCACUGAGUUCUCUAAACACGACGUCAUCGGGAGGGGACCAGGAUUACGACUUCCUCAACGAGUGGGGACCUAAAUUCUCCAAGUUAGCGGACAUGUACAAUAAUUAUGAGGAUGAUUCAGACUGAUUAGGCAAUGGGAAAUUUUACAAUUAUGCAAGAAAAAUGAAAUACCUGAAUAUGUAGAAUAACUGUAAAAUGGUGAAAAAGGAUACGAUGAAAUGUAAUCUUGAGAACCGACAGUACAGGUAGCGGUCAGAAUAUCCUGUAUUGAAAAUUGGCACAUUGAUGCAGUUAUAAUCAACUUAAAAUUUUGAUGCAAUUAUAAUCAAUUUGGAAUUUUUAUUAUGAAGUAAUGAUCAAUGAAGAAUUUUUAUGUAGUUAUAAUGAAUUAAGAAUUUUGAUUCAGUUAUAAGCAUCUUUUGUAUUGAUAUACAUGAAUUACAUGUAGUUAUAUUAAUAUAGAAAAAUCAUGCCUAACAAGGAUUUAAUACUCUGAAAUUUAUACUAAAUCAGGAAUUACCUACAAAAUCAACAUAUUAAAAAAAUUAGAUUGAUUAAACAUAGUUUGAUUUAAAUUUGAAGAAUAUGCACUUUUGCGUUUAGAUUAUAAAAUACUCAUUUGAUAUUGUAACCAUUUAUACAUUAAUCAUGAGAUUCUAAUGCAGAUCAAACUUAACAUCUAUAAACGUUUUAUAGCGUUUUUAUAUUGUUUUGUACAGUCCAUUAUGAAUGGCUGAGUUAUUUGUAUUCUUGUGUUAAUCAGUCAAACUGUCUCUUUUGACACUAAUGGGGGUCAUGUGUAAAAGAUCACAGUUGUGUGGGUCAUCAUCAUGGUAACACUGUAAACAUACUGUGAUAAUCAUGUAUUGUCUUUUAUCUUUUGUAUAUAAUUUAUCAGUGCUAGCCUAAGUAAAAUUUCUCAUUCAUUGUCUUGUAUGAGUCUGAGAGUAAAAAAUGAAUGUAUUUUUUUAAAAUCACAAAUUCUUGCAGGUAGAGUGUAGUGUAUUUGAUGAACAUUUUUUACAUGUUUGAAAGUAAGCUAUUUACACAAGUGUAUUAGAUUUAAUCUGCAUGUCAUUCUUUUCAAAAAUCCAUUGCCUAAUUUUGUUAAACUUUUGUACAUCUUGACCAAUUCCUAUACAUCACCACAGGAGUCUGAAGUUUUUAUCGUAAAAAAAAAAAAAAAGAAAAA